AUCUGACGUUCCGUUGUGUGGUGUUCUUUACGACUUUAGUUGACAAUUUCUUUUUAUUGUUAUUAGUGUUUUAAAUUGAAUUAAAUAUAUUUUAUGAACAUUUACUGACUAACAUAGUGAAAUAUGGAAAGGGUUUUAGUGGCGUAUCUGUUACUUAUUCUCGCGGGUAUUGGAUACGCGUCUCAAACACCUUUAUGUUGCCCUGGAGGAGAACCAGUACUUUUGAGAAGGCCAGGAGUGUACCAUUGCUGGGACUCCAAGAAUGACGUUAAGUGGCCGAUAUCUUUAAAAUGUGAUAACCCUGGUCAUUUACCACAAGGCGAUGGACUAGGCCUGGUUGUGGAUCAAGAUGGUAAUUUGAAUGUGCAGAUGAAGAACCGAGAUAUUUCUUACCAACGAAAUAACUUCUGCAUAGCGCAACGAACGAGCCGGACAAACAAGACCGUGAACAGGCGCAUUGCAGUAAUCUGUAUAGAGGAGGAAGUCAUCCACAUCAGCGAAAGCACCUACGGAUACCUCAUGAUGGUCUCAGCCAUCUUCUUAGUAGUCACUGCUUAUUUCUACACCUCUAGACAUGAUUUAAGAGAUCUACUGGGCAAGAGCAUAAUAAGUUUCUGUGCUAGUCUUGCUACCGGACUGGGCAUCAUGGCGGGCAUGAAGCUGGUGCCUUACUCUGACAUGAACCUUUGUGCUGUAAGAGGGUUCUUGGCAUACUAUUUCUUAAUGGCCAGCUUUUUCUGGAUGAAUGGGAUUGCCAUUCAAAUUGGAGUGACUGUAAUGAGACGAGAAUUGGGUACAAAAAUUUAUGGCUGGGGUAAAUACCUGUGUUACGCGCUGUAUGCCUGGGGCGUGCCCGCAAUAAUGACUGCGUUGAUGGCUAUAAUCAACUUUUUGCCUGGAGAUCACCUUAAGCCUGGCAUUGGACUCAGUCACUGCUGGUUCUUUGACGUGAAACAACAAUGGCAAUACAUGUACAGUACGAUGGCGGCACUCAUUGUUUUCAACAUUGGUAUCUUCUUGUACAUUUUGGCGCACAUAUGGCACAAUUCAUUCACCUGCGGUACUGUGAAAAACAAAUUCUUACUAACGAUUCAAAUGUUUGUCAUAACCGGCAUCCCAUGGGUACUUGAAAUGAUUUCCAGUCUCGUGAAGACCAGUUUGGCAUGGGAGAUAGUGAACGUAAUAAUCACUUUACAAGGACUAUUCGUCUUCUUAGUAUUAGUGGUGUUCCCCCGUCACGCCCCCGCUCCCAGCCCCGCCGUAUCCGAGAAUAGUUUCACACCACGUUCAUCUCAGUUCAUCUACAAUGUUACUAUUGAUCGACCGUAUUCGAAAAUGGUGGAAGAAAAAUACUGACUGAUGACAAAAAGCGUCGUUGAUUAGAAAUGUCACGUACUUGGAUCUAUGAAAUGUGCCAUACAAAUGAAUAAUGUUCAAACUAAGGAAUUCCUACGAUUACCAGAUGAGAAAGUCAGUGAUUGAUAAAUCGAAAAAGUAUUCAAGAUAAGAGCGACUCUAUAUCCAUCCUCAAGCUGGAGAAUAGUGAAACAACCAGGGUUUCACAGUCUAGAGCCAAU